UAUCAUCUCCACACUACAAGGUGGGGGAGUGGACCCCACAUCGACAUGUCACAAAUUUGGGAAAGAAUCGACAGCAGUUCUUCGCCUGUGAAUAUUGGUUCGGUACACUGUGCUCCCGCCAUGCGACAUCCCGAUGCGGACCCCGUGUUUUGUGAGGCCAACACCAAGGCGCAACACCAUUCUACAAGGCGUCUUGUUCAGCAACUAUCAUGUACAGCAAAAGUCACUAUGAUACCGAGGAAAAAUACUUCUGCUGCUCAUUCUUACAUUCCAUUGCGAGUACACCGUCCGUGGUGCCGCUCAAAAUCCCAGCUCCACCCGGAAUUGUAG